GUCGCCCCACCACAUCCAGUCGUACUGCGAAUGCCACGCCGGGAGUUUCGUAUUCGCGGUAUUUCGGGACUUUUCGUGCGCCCAGUAAAUCGAACCUCGUUGUCACAACAGUGCGUCCGGUGUUCGUCGUGAAACCCAUCCGUCGGCCGAAGGGACCUGCCUGGCGCCAAUAGACCGAGGUUUGCCGAAGGUCGUGGUUUCUUUGUCGUUUCGGCGGGCACAGUUUUCCGCACGCACAGCUGUCGCCUCGUUUUCCCUGUUCGGUCUCUUCGCACAGCGUGCGCCGUGAAACGAAACGAAACGGAUAGGAGACAAGCAGAGAAUAGUUCCCCUUAAAAGCAAACAAUCGGAAAGGUCGAGCCGGUGUUCCUCGAAUCGGCCGAUCCCUCGGGAAAGUGUGCAGUUGAAAACGGUUCUUAAUAGUGUCCCGAAGCCGGCGUUGAUCGCGAUGCGACAGCAUCCGAGGACAAGAAGACGUUCGUGGAGCAACGCAGACGAGACGGAGGGGUGUUAAAGGAACGUUGGCGAUCCCGCGGGAUUAUACCGACCGGCAGUGAUUUUUGGGAGAGGGAACACGGUCAUAGUCAGUCUGUGAUCGUUUGAAAGGAGCGCGCGGUUCACCGGACACCCGUUCUCGUCUGACAACACUCUUGUUUACCAACGUCAGUGCGGUUAACACUUGCUACCUGAGGGAAAUACCUCCGAGGCACAAAGGCAGGAAGGAAGGAAGGAAGGAAGGAAGGAAGAGGAAGGAGUGAGUGUGUUUGUCUGUCUCUCUGUGGGGUAGAACGUCGUAGAGAAAACUCGUGCGGCGAGCGAGCGAGAGGGAAAGAGAGAGAGAGAGAAAAAGAGAGCGGACUAGAGGACAUAGAAAAAGGAGAAGAGAACAGAUCGAGACGGGUCCGCGGAACGAGAGGUAAGCGAUAACGGCGACUGGCCGUGCGAGAUGCCUUCCAGAUGCAGGACGAUGACGCCGCACAGUCUGUAAGACUUGCGUGGUUUCUCCACUACCGUAUCACGCUCACCCGUGAUUGUCGUGUCAGGACGUAUCGACGACCGUCGGCUGGGUUAUGACGCGCGCUUAACGCGCUGCGUGCACGAGUAGAAGCGAGCGUGUGUGCCCGUCGUCUACAACAUGGAGUCCGACACGGCAACCGAGUGGCCGUCGCCGAAAAAAGGCUCCUGCGAGCCCGAGGCGUCGAUGCUCAAGAAAUUUCGUAAUUGGGCGAUGUGCGCCCUCUGUAUCACCAGUCUAGCCGUGUCCGGUCUACUCGUAUACAGGGAGCUCAGAUUGGAGUCAAGGAUCGCCAAUUUGGAAGCGCGUUUGGAGCACCAGGAAAUACCGAGUGUACUUUUCCAGAGGCUCAAGGACGAAGUUCAGUCGCAGCUGGCGUUGUACCGGCUCCAGUCCACGUUUCGGAUCAGAAGGGACGUCACCGAAUGCAAUUGUCCGCCAGGUCCGCCCGGGCAGCGUGGAAAAAGGGGAAAGAGGGGAAAAGUCGGGCCUCAGGGCGUGGCCGGGUUGAUGGGCAAGAGCGGUUUUCCGGGACCCAUCGGGAUGGAUGGACCAAAAGGUGCAACGGGCCUGAAAGGAGAGAAAGGCCAGAAGGGAGACCUCGGGAGUCCAGGCUUUGACGUUUUUUCCGCAGUAAAGGUCAAUGCACAGGGAUUAGGGUUAAAGAGGUCGGUGACGACACUCCGCGGCGGGACGCUCGGCUAUGCGGAAAUCGUCGCCCUGAAGGGAGAACCAGGAGAACCUGGGCCGCCGGGGCCACCCGGUCCUCAGGGAGCCGAAGGGCUUCCUGGACACGAAGGCAGACAGGGCUCUCCGGGCAACGACGGACCGCCGGGUGAAAAAGGACCGCCAGGACCACCUGGACCGAUCGGUCCGUCGGGAAUUGUCGGUGUCGCGGGUCCCAAGGGCGACAAGGGCGAUAAGGGUGAACGAGGCUUAACAACAUCCGUGAACGGAGAAGCAUUUGCAACUGGAGUGUUCGAAGGACCGCCCGGUCCACCCGGACCACCUGGGCCCCAGGGCGUGCAGGGGGAGCCGGGCCAGAUGGGACCACCCGGUCAGCCGGGAGAGAGAGGUAUCAAGGGAAAGCCAGGGAAGAGGGGUUUCAAGGGUGAAAGCGGUUUGGCAUUGAUGAGAGGCCCACCCGGCUUACCGGGUCCGAAGGGUGAACGGGGUUACCGGGGCGAGAAGGGCGCCAAGGGAGACGCAGGCUCACCAGGAGCAAGAGGAGAGCCAGGACCUUCCGGUUCACCUGGCCUGAACGGGACGGAUGGAGAAGCCGGUAUCCAAGGCCCGCCAGGAUUGCCAGGUAUCGCCGGUCCGAAAGGUGAGAAAGGCGAAUACGGUGACAUCGGACCACCUGGCCUCAUGGGUCCUCCAGGCUUACCAGGUCCUCCGGGCUACCCAGGAUCGAAAGGUGAAAAAGGAGAGAAAGGUGAAUCGAAAUACAAAAAGCUUAGACGAAGACAGGGAGACGGCACGUUCGAAGUGAAUGCCGGCGAAGUGAUAAUGGGACCGCCGGGACCGCCCGGUCCAGCUGGCACUCCCGGGCUUCAGGGUCCACCUGGUAUCAAAGGCGAUCGAGGACACGAUGGUGCCAAAGGCGAUCCUGGUGAGAAGGGUGCCAAAGGAGAUCCUGGUCCAAUGGGACUGCCCGGCCCCAUGGGAUUGAGAGGAGAAUCUGGAAAACCCGGAGAUUCCGGGAAGCCUGGUGCUAUGGGUACAGCAGGAUUAGACGGCAUGAAGGGUGCACAAGGGGAACCAGGCGCGAAGGGAGAAGUAGGGGAAUCUGGACUACCUGGUACUGAUGGAAUUCCUGGCAAGGAGGGUACGGCUGGAAUUCCUGGCAUGGAGGGACAGAAGGGAGACAAAGGUGAUAUAGGACUACCUGGGGCGGAGGGCAAACGCGGUAAGAAGGGCGAGAAAGGCGACACGGGAGAACAAGGUGUACCGGGACUCGACGCACCCUGUCCAACAGGUCCCGACGGAUUGCCGUUACCCGGAUGCGGAUCGAGACCAUCUCAGCAGACCAUCAUCACCUCGGUGUCAGCCAUCGACGGCCCCGAACCAGCUGAAACGGAUUACGAGGAACCGGAAGAGGAGGACGAUGAAUAUUCGGAUCCGAACGGAAAUCUAGCCGAGCAAUAAAUUGCUCAUUGUGCGCUGCCCUAAUCACCAUCAACUACUACCACCACCACUACCACUACUACCACCAAUACACCACCAAAAAAAAAUACCACCACCGUCAUCGCCCCUCAUCACUCGUCUCACCCUGCUCUCCUAAACUAACGUGGUCCUGGGAGGAAACAACAUUCUUCGGGAAUGGCUGGAGGAGGAAGAGGCGGAACAAGGGCAGUAACACAAUGGAGUACAGAAGCACACAUUUCCAGGGACCUCUGUGUAUAUUUCAUCGUGAAAAUACUCAUCAUCCCCACCCCCCACCCCGAUUCGACGUACCGAACAAGCUGUUUACGAAAGAACAAACGAACAAAACGAACAAAGCGAAGCAAAGCAAAGCGAAGCGAAACGAAGCGAAGCAAACAAACAAACAGAAAUGAGAUAUAUAUGUAUAUUUUACGUAUACAUAUUUUUUUUGCAUAUAACUACCUGUAUGCCAAACUAAUCAUCUUGCCAUCGAGUGUUGUAAAUAAGUGUACUUACAGUGAUUAGCGUCCGCAGAUAGUGCGUGUACAUAAAUAUUUAGAGCUUAUUACCGCGGAACGCGGUUAGAACAAUACCGACAUACAAUUUUGACCGGCGACAAGUGUCCGGACACAUAACUUUACGAAUCACUUUUGUCCUCGAGGCCGAGAAUUAAACGAACAAUCGAUCGCACAACGCGCCCGGCGAACGAAACCGCGCGACGGCAAAGAGAAUAAAGGGUAAAAAUUGAUUUGUCGGUCCGGCGACGAUUAUGCGAACGCAUCCUAUGUAUAAAUAACAGUAACGAGAUCAUCGCGGCGCGAACAGAUAUGUUUCGCGGCGCGAGAAUUCGACGAAUGAAGAAAGGGGGGGUAGAUAAAAUAAGCGGACGUUAAAGUAACAAUGAAAUUCCACACCGUCGUAAUAUAGCUUUCUUAAAAAGUAUCUACCGUCGUACGCUAUGUAUAUCGUUCUUGAGAUAUCAACCGUCAUCGUAAUACAGUUUUUCUUAGAUAUCGGUAAAUUCGUGAAGAGAAAGGGGAAUUUAUGUUAUAGACGAGAAGAAACUGAAGCACACCGUCAGAACUGAUGAUUAUUCGUUUGCAUAGGCCCGUCGAUUAAUGCUGUUUUCAUUAACGAAAGCAUCGUUCCGUUUUUAAUUUAUAUUCAGGUAAACCUUUUUAAUCAGCGUUAAGUUACUCUGUUAAUUUAUUUCCUAUUCAGAUACAACCAAACGAGCUAUUAAGAAGCACAAAUGCUAUUUAACAUAUUCAUACAUGAUCGUAUUAAUUAUCGACCGUUCUACAUAUCAUUAUGAUUUUAAGAGAUGGAGAGGAAAAAAGGGGGGGAAACCGAUUUGAUUUGUCGCCAUCGUUUUUCGGGGAGGUCCAAUUUUGCAUUUUAUCGAGGACUUUUCGUGCGACACGUUUCAAAUUGUUCGGUGACUUUCUGUCACGGGUAUAGCGUAGAAUUCCGUUACAGUGGGAGAACAGUUAAAAAGAACUUACUUUCCUACUACGUAUUAGUUUCGCGAACAAUGCAUAUGCGUGUACCUGUGUAAUUUUGUUGCCUUCGGUGUGUCGGAUAAGGUGCAUAUUUUUGCACGAUCGCAAAAGGCUAAUUUUUAUACGAGUAUCAGUUAACAAAGCAUAUCGUUACGUAAGUUUCCUUUAGACUUAGAGUUACAUUAGCUGUAAAGCGACAGAAUAAUGUGUACACAUUGUCAAUAUUACCAGGUAUUGUAAAAUAAAAUAUAAGUGUAUAUCCGGAA